UGAAAUCACUUAAAAGACUUAUAUUUAGGAACGGAGGGAGUAGUAUAUAGUAGUAUAUCACUUGAGACCUUGCCACACAUACGAGUAACGACCCACGUACGUAGGGCCUCAUCUCAUGUGAGCCUGGCAGCUUCUAUUCAUCCAUUUCAUGUGGUUCUCAUGGCCAUGGUGUGAACCUCCCUCAAGUUUAGUUUAGUUACUGCACAGCAGCUCGGCCCCUCGUUUCACUUCCAACAGGACACAUCGCAGGCACGCAGGCGAGGCGAGCGCGAGGUCCCCUUCAACUUCAACUUCAAAUUCAACUUCAACUUGAAGCGUGGCGUGCCACCAUCACCAUGCAUCGUCCUUCCUUGUCGCGCUUAAUGCCGCCAUUAACUCCCUCCUUCCUUUCUCGCUGCCAUCCUCCCCCCGCCAUAAAUCCCUCCUCCCGUCUCCCUCCAUGGAUCCCUAGUAGCAUCGUCCUCAACAACCUAGAGCAGAGCAGAGCAGAGCAUCCAUCCAUCAUCCAUGGACGGCCACUCUCUUCUUGUCAACUCUUGAUCUACAGUCCUCACCCUCCAACUUCCAUAAUCCACUGAAUUGUAGCCGGCCGGCAUCCCGCCGCCGUCAACCGUGAUGAUGGAGGAGCCAACACCUACACCGCCGCCAAACAACACUGCCAAGGAGAUCAAGUCGCCGCAGCCGCCGCCGCCGCUCGCGAGCUCGCUCUCGCUGCAGCGCAAGAAGCUGGGCUCGCACUUCCUGGAGAGCGACGAGCGCCGCCGCUUCUACGGCGCGACCUCCUCCGCCGCCGCGGUCGGCACCACGCCGCUGGACAUCCGCGGCGCGCCCAUCCCGGAGCACGCGCUCGCGCGGACCGGCGGCUGGGUGGCGGCCUUCUUCAUCUUCGGCAACGAGACGGCGGAGCGCAUGGCCUACUACGGCCUGUCCGUCAACAUGGUGGUCUUCAUGUUCAAGGUCAUGCACCUCCCCUUCGCGGCCUCCGCCAACGCCGUCAACAACUUCCUCGGCAUCUCGCAGACCUCCUCCGUGCUCGGCGGCUUCCUCGCCGACGCCUACCUUGGCCGCUACUGGACCAUCGCCGCCUUCACCACGCUCUACCUGCUGGGGCUCAUCGCGCUCACGCUCUGCGCCACGCUCCCGGCGCUCGUCCCGGCCCAGGACGGCUGCGACAAGCUCGCCAUGCUGCUCGGCGGCUGCGCGCCGGCCGAGCGGUGGCAGAUGGCGUACCUCUACACGGCGCUCUACGUCACGGCGUUCGGCGCCGCCGGGAUCCGGCCCUGCGUCUCCUCCUUCGGCGCCGACCAGUUCGACGACCGCUCGGCCGACUACAAGCGCCGGCUCGACCGCUUCUUCAACCUCUUCUACCUCGCCGUCACGGUGGGGGCGAUCGCCGCCUUCACCCUCGUGGUGUACAUCCAGAUGCACCGCGGCUGGGCGGCCGCGUUCGGCGCGCUGGCGCUCGCCAUGGGCGCCUCCAACGCGCUCUUCUUCGCCGGCACGCCGCUGUACCGGCACAAGGCGCCGGGGGGCAGCCCGCUGACGAGGGUGGCGCAGGUGCUCGUGGCGGCCUUCCGGAAGCGGGGCGCCGGGUUCGGCGACGGCGGCUACGUGGGGCUCUACGAGGUGGCCGGGGCCAAGUCGGCCAUCCGCGGCAGCGGCAAGAUCGAGCACACGGACGACUUCCGGUGGCUCGACAAGGCGGCGCUCCGGCUCGACCAGGAAGGCGACGAGGACCCGUGGCGGCUGUGCACGGUGACGCAGGUGGAGGAGGUGAAGAUCCUGGUGCGGCUGCUGCCGGUGCCGGCGUGCACGGUCAUGCUCAGCGUGGUGCUCACCGAGUUCCUCACGCUCUCCGUGCAGCAGGCCUACACGCUCAACACCAGCCUGCUCGCCGGCGUGCACCUCCCGGUGACCUGCAUGCCGGUCUUCCCCUGCCUGGCCAUCUUCCUCGUCCUCGCCCUCUACUACCAGACCUUCGCGCCGCUGGCCCGCCGGCUCACCGGCCACCCGCACGGCGCGUCGCAGCUGCAGCGCGUCGGCCUGGGCCUCGUCUUCUCCAUCCUCUCCGUCGCCUGGGCCGGCGUCUUCGAGCGGUACCGGCGGCGCUACGCCGUCGAACACGGGUACCUGGGGCUGUUCCUGUCGCCGAUGCCGGGGCUGAGCGCCUACUGGCUGCUCAUCCAGUACUGCCUCAUCGGGAUCGCCGAGGUGUUCUGCCUCGUCGGCCUCAUCGAGUUCCUCUACCAGGAGGCGCCCGACGCCAUGCGCAGCGUCGGGUCGGCCUACGCGGCCGUCGCCGGCGGGAUGGGCUGCUUCAUGGCCACGGCGCUCAACAACGCCGUCGACGCGGCCACCGGCGACGCCGUGAACGGCAGGCCGUCGUGGCUGGCGCAGAACAUCAACGUCGGGAGGUUCGACUACCUCUACUGGCUGCUGGCCGUGCUCAGCACGAUCAACUUCGCCGUCUUCCUCUACUUCGCCAGCAUCUACAAGUACAGAGCGCCGCCGCCGACCACCGCCACCGCCGACAGCAGCAGCAAGGUGGAGGUCUCGGUGGUGUCCGACCACAAGUGAAGUGAAGUGAAUGAAUGAAAUACUUUGGACAGAACCUAGUUUUUUUUUUUUUGCAACCAAAUUUCACUUGGAUUAAACUGUGGACUGAUUUCAACGAGUACACAAUUUGAUCAUCGUUUUCGCAUGA